UUGACAGGCAUCUCCCCCUUUGCGUGGUAUACUAUAAUUGCAGCCCUGUUUGUGCUGGUUGCAUGUGCAUUGAGAAAGUUGUAUAUACGGACAUGUCAUUCAACAAUCCAUGAGGAACAGGUGGUGGUUAAUAGAGCCCUGGAGAAGAACAAGGAACUGACCACCCGCAGUACGACACCAAAAUUACAGGAGUGCCCUGCAACAUGUAUCCCUGUUAAAACACAAACAGUUCCUACAAUCCAUGUGGAACAGGUGGUGGUCGAUAGACCCCUGGGGAAGAACAAGGAACUGACCACCCGCAGUACGACACCAAGUUACAGGGGUGCCCUGCAACAUGUAUCCCUGUUAAAAAACAAACAGUUCCUACAAUCCAUGAGGAACAGGAGGUGGUCGAUAGACCCCUGGAGAAGAACAAGGAACUGACCACCCGCAGUAUGACACCAAAGUUACAAGGGUGGCCUGCAACACAUAUCCCCGUUAAAACACAAACAGUUCCUACAAUCCAUGAUGAAGAGGUGGUGGUCGAUAGACUCCUGCAGAAGAACAAGGAACUGACCACCCGCAGGACGACACCAAAGUUACAGGGGUGCCCUGCAACAUGUAUCCCUGUUAAAACACAAAUAGUUCCUACAAUCCAUGAGGAAGAGGUGGUGGUCGAUAGACCCCUGCAGAAGAACAAGGAACUGACCACCCGCAGGAUGACAUCAAAGUUACAGGGGUGCCCUGUGACACGUAUCCCUGUUAAAACACCAACAGUUCCUACAAUCCAUGAGGAACAGGAGGUGGUCGAGAAACCCCUGGAGAAGAACAAGGAACUGACCACCCGCAGUAUGACACCAAAGUUACAAGGGUGGCCUGCAACACAUAUCCCCGUUAAAACACAAACAGUUCCUACAAUCCAUGAUGAAGAGGUGGUGGUCGAUAGACUCCUGCAGAAGAACAAGGAACUGACCACCCGCAGGACGACACCAAAGUUACAGGGGUGCCCUGCGACACGUAUCCCUGUUAAAACACCAACAGUUCCUACAAUCCAUGAGGAACAGGAGGUGGUCGAUAGACCCCUGGAGAAGAACAAGGAACUGACCACCCGCAGUAUGACACCAAAGUUACAGGGGUGCCCUGCAACAUGUAUCCCUGUUAAAAAACAAACAGUUUCUACAAUCAAUGAGGAACAGGAGGUGGUCGAUAGACCCCUGGAGAAGAACACGGAACUGACCACCCGCAGUAUGACACCAAAGUUACAGGGGUGCCCUGCAACAUGUAUCCCUGUUAAAACACAAACAGUUCCUACAAUCCAUGAGGAACAGGAGGUGGUCGAGAGACCCCUGGAGAAGAACAAGGAACUGACCACCCGCAGUAUGACACCAAAGUUACAGGGGUGCCCUGCAACAUGUAUCCCUGUUAAAACACCAACAGUUCCUACAAUCCAUGAGGAACAGGAGGUGGUCGAUAGACCCCUGCAGAAUAACAAGGAACUGACCACCCGCAGUAUGACACCAAAGUUACAGGGGUGCCCUGCAACAUGUAUCUCUGUUAAGACACAAACAGUUUCCACAAUCCAUGAGGAACAGGAGGUGGUCGAGAGACCCCUGCAGAAUAACAAGGAACUGACCACCCGCAGUACGACACCAAAGUUACAGGGGUGCCCUGCAACAUGUAUCUCUGUUAAGACACAAACAGUUUCCACAAUCCAUGAGGAACAGGAGGUGGUCGGUAGACCACUGCAGAAACACAACGAACUGACCACCCGUGGUAGGACACCCAAGCUACAGGGGUGCCCUGCAACACGUGUCCCUGAUAGAAGAAGACAGAAAUUCGAGCCUGCAGUUUUUGCAGCACAUAAAAAGAAACUUCCGAUCAACAAGGUUGUGGUGGGCAUAGCGCCGAUGCCGAAUACAACUUCAGUUGGACCCAAGGUAGACUCUUGGAGCAAGUGUAUGCACCUUGUGCGAGAUGGGAGCGAUUUCAAGAUAAUUACCGAGAAUCCCAUGCCGAAUACGACUUCAGUUGGACACAAGGUAGAGUCUUGGGACAUGAAUAGGCACCUCGUGCGAGAUGGGAGCGCCUUCAAGAUAAUUAAUGAGAAGCCAAACUAUAAACACGUGAAGUCCAGGAUUGACCGUACGAAGAGGCCAUUCAGUCUAGAUCGUGACGAAAAUGAGAUUCUGGCAGGGUGAGUUGUGGCAUGGCUCAGGAGAGAAACAUACCAGGUGCUGGCUAUCACCGUUACGACGUGGAAGUAGAGGUCACCAGCUCCUCCGUUGGAACGAGACCCCUACUUAAGCUGAGGCCAGAGCUGUUGAGGCUGCUGUCCCCCUUGAGAGAGCAUCGCAUCCGCGAGCUGCUGGUUAUCUGAGAGGCCGUAAAGCAUUUCUGUUACAUGCUGGAAGCGCGCCGUAAGCCGCAUCAUAUAUGCCUUCCAGUAGACACGGCACAAAUGCUGACCGUGGACCUCAGACACGCUAGUCAGCCGCAGGUGUCCUUACAUUGGGAGCGCAGACAGUAACAGUGAGGCUUUAGCAGCAACACCAUCAGCCGAUGCAAGAAAACCCUGCAGGCUGGCAGUUACACGGCCGCCGACGCUAGGAGGACCAGCCGACUCGUAGUCGUCCGGCCACGUGCAGAGAAAAGGUCGCCCGGCUUGCAUGGAAGCAUGAUAUACGAAGGGUGAUUCCCCCAUUAGAAUUUCAUGCACAGGAAUUUACUGUGUUCUAGAGAACUUUGGCAGAAAUGAGUGAUGUAAACUUUUUUAAGCAGCAUGUUUCAGUUUGAACUUGAUGUUUUUAUAUACUGUUCCAUAAUAUGUGAAUACAUGCACUGUAAUUAAUAAUCUUUUAAUUUGAAUUUGAUGUUAUUAUAUAAUGUUCCAUAAUAUGUGAAUACAUGCACUGUAAUUAAUAAUCUUGUAAUUUGAAUUUGAUGUUUUUAUAUAUUGUUCCAUAAUAUGUGAAUACAUGCACUGUAAUUAAUAAUCUUGUAAUUUUGUUUAAAAAAUCCAAUUACACUUGCAGCAUCGCUGCACUGUCGCACACACACAGUCUUCUAAUUCACUUGACAUCCUUCUGUAUUCCUGGUUCCACUUCGCUUGCUUCCACCACUCUCAAAUACUCCUCAAUACUGACUAAUACUGAUAUCUGUUCUGCCGGAUACUCUCGUUAUAUAGCUUCCGCACUGAACACGCAGAGAAGAGCCUAUAUUGUUGGAAUGUGUUUACUGAGCGAUU